AGUCCACAGCAACCAAGCUCUGUGGCCAUGGGAGGGGAAUAGUGAUGCUCAGGACAUGGAGAGUUUUUCUUCCUCCGCAAGCAUCCCUGCAAGGGGACAAUCCAGCUUUUCCCCACAGUGAUUUCAUGCUGGGGGUUGUAUCUGGCUGAUGGUGCAUCACCCUCCAUGUGAUCUCCCCAGCACUGUUGUCCUUACACACCCUCUCCAGUCCUGGGAAAACAGCCAUGGGAUCCAGAGCUGGGAGGCUCUUGGGAAACAGCCAAAGAACAGCAGAAGGGUCCUGGCUUCAGGAAUGGCAGAAAUCCUCCAAACCAGCCUGAAUGGGCUGAGAUUUAUUGUUUUCCUUUUUAACCCACUUUCUGCCUCUGGAAUAACGGGCUGGAUGUGGAUGUGGCACUGGCAGAGGGUGUUGGGGCUCGUGAUACCCUCCAGUGCUGAGGCUCAUUGUGAAGGCACAGAGCAUGCUGCUGCAGUGGAGGGUGAAGAUGAAGUAGAGCUCUGACCAUGGACCAUGAUGCCCCCACAAUCAGGCCCCGCCGCAUCCAGAACCAGAACGUCAUCCACCGCCUGGAGCGCCGCCGGAUCAGCUCGGGGAAAGCCGGCACCCACUGGCACCAGGUCCGUGUCUUCCACCAGAACGUCUUCCCCAACUUCACCGUGGUCAACGUGGAGAAGCCGCCCUGCUUCUUGCGCAAGUUCUCCCCUGAUGGCCGCUACUUCAUCGCCUUCUCCUCUGACCAGACCUCUCUGGAGAUCUAUGAGUAUCAGGGCUGCCAGGCGGCAGAAGACCUCCUGCAGGGCUAUGAGGGGGAGAUCCUGGCCAACGGCAACGACCAAAGAUCUGUCAACAUCCGCGGGCGGCUCUUUGAGCGCUUCUUUGUCCUGCUCCACAUCACCAAUGUGGCCUCCAACGGGGAGCACUUGAACCGGGAGUGCAGCUUGUUCACUGAUGACUGCCGGUACGUGAUCGUGGGCUCUGCCGCGUACCUCCCCGAGGAGCCUCACCCUCCCUUCUUCGAGGUCUACCGCAACAGCGAGUCCGUGACCCCUAAUCCCCGCUCCCCCCUGGAGGAUUAUUCCCUGCAUAUCAUAGACCUCCACACGGGCAGACUUUGUGACACACGGACUUUCAAAUGUGACAAAGUCAUCCUGUCUCACAACCAGGGGCUGUACCUCUAUAAGAACAUCUUGGCCAUUCUCUCUGUGCAGCAACAGACGAUUCAUGUCUUUCAAGUCACACCUGAGGGUACGUUCAUCGACGUACGGACGAUUGGCCGCUUCUGCUAUGAGGAUGAUCUCCUAACGCUGUCUGCGGUGUAUCCCGAGGUGCAGCGGGACACUCAGACAGGGAUGGCCAACCCCUACAAAGAGCCCUUCAUAAACUCUUUGAAGCACAGACUGCUGGUGUACCUGUGGAGAAGGGCCGAGCAGGAUGGAAGCGCCAUAGCAAAAAGAAGGUUCUUCCAGUACUUCGAUCAGCUGAGGCAGCUCCGCAUGUGGAAGAUGCAGCUUUUGGAUGAGAACCAUCUCUUCAUCAAAUACACUAGUGAAGAUGUGGUCACGCUGCGGGUGACGGACCCUUCCCAGCCUUCGUUCUUCGUUGUGUACAACAUGGUGACCACAGAGGUUAUUGCUGUCUUCGAGAACACAUCUGACGAGCUGCUGGAGCUGUUUGAGAACUUCUGUGACCUGUUCAGGAACGCCACCCUCCACAGCGAGGCCGUCCAGUUCCCCUGCUCAGCCUCCAGCAACAACUUUGCCAGGCAGAUCCAGCGCCGGUUCAAAGACACUAUCGUGAAUGCCAAGUAUGGAGGGCACACGGAGGCCGUUCGGAGGCUGCUGGGCCAGCUCCCCAUCAGCGCCCAGUCCUACAGUGGCAGCCCAUACCUCGACCUCUCUCUUUUCAGCUAUGAUGACAAGUGGGUGUCAGUCAUGGAGCGGCCCAAGACCUGCGGGGAUCACCCUAUAAGAUUUUACGCUCGUGAUUCUGGCCUCCUGAAGUUUGAGAUCCAGGCGGGUCUCCUGGGGCGCCCCAUCAAUCACACCGUGCGGCGCCUGGUUGCGUUCACCUUCCACCCCUUCGAGCCCUUCGCCAUCUCGGUGCAGCGCACUAACGCUGAGUACGUGGUGAACUUCCACAUGAGGCACAGCUGCACGUAGCAUGGCUCGGCUGCUCUUCCUGGGGCUGGGGCUCUGCCACAGGCACACCAAAGCCAUGCACUCGCGCCUUCUAGGAAACCAAACCAUCGCUCCUGUCAAGCAUCCUGACCUGGGAGCUCUGACUGGCCGGCAUCUCGCAGGGCUUCAUCUGCCCUAACUCAAGUUAGGCAUGGGAAUGAUUCUUCUCACCCUGUUUGUACCACGGAAGUCCCGCUGCAUUAAGCGCUGCUGUUGUUCCCUGUUCCUGUUGAUGAACAAAGUGUAGCUGAGGUUCCUUUCCUGGUUUCCCAGAGAUGCAUCCGUUUUCUCUCCUGUUGUAGGUCUCAGGAUGGCAAAGCUGGAGUUUUGCACUGCAUGUGUGGAGUGCUUCCGUCUGCACCGGUGCUUUGCUGCUUUGUUGAGGCAAACAUCAUAGAGGGAAUGGAUGGGAGCCAUGGGGAGGGCUUAGAAAUGCAGCUAUCCGUGUUUGUGUCUUCAGUAUUAGCAGGGAAAUGAAAUCCUGUUUUCAUCCACACAAUCCACUCGUGAUUUUAAUAUGCAAGAGAUCAGAAAAAAAAUGGUGAGAGAAAUCACUGCAACCGAGAAACAUAAGGUGCGUUCCUGACUCUUAUGCAAGUCACUUAAUCUUUGUGCCUUAGUAUCUGAAAGCUCCUAAGUGAAAAGUGGUGUGUUAAUACCAUUAAGCCAGGGCAGCUGGCUGUGUCUCUAAUGCAUGAGGAGGUGGGCACAGAAGGAAGAUGAGUGUCUGGGAAGCAUGUGGGGAGCAACAGCAGCUCCUUGCUCACAUCAGAAGGGCUUUUCUGCAGCAUGGGGGUGAAUCCUCACAGCCAUUUGCUGCUGAGAGCAAGGGAGACCCAGCUGCUGGCACCCUCCUGUGUGAUGGAGUACCAGUGUGGAGAAUUAGUAGUAUUCGGGUUUGCCCAAAAGAGAGAGAGGAAACCUGAAUUAAUGUGCAUUGCUGCAGGUUUGCAGUUAGGAGAUGAGCUUGUUGACUUAGGAGAUGAGCUUGUUGAUUUAGGUUGCUUACCUAUCGCUGUCUGAUAUGCUGUUCUCUGUGAGAACCUGAUUUGCUGUUCCCAGGCUUCAAAGCACAGUUGACUGGUGCAUCAGUACUGAUUGAACCACUGUGGUGUUUAUGCUGCUGAUAAAAUAAGAUCCUGGGUAUAGUAUUACCUGCCAGCGUGGGCUGGUGAGGAUGCUGGCCUGACCUUCUCUUUUAAACAUGUUUUUAGUUCUAGGCCAACAUUUGGGCUUUCCUGCACACAGGCUUGUUUAUGGCUUUGUGCUGCCAGGCACUACACCCAUCCCUCUGCAUCCAUCACGAGCCUGUGGUUGUCCCAUUCCUAUAGGAGGUAUAGAGGGGCAUUACAAAAUUGGUGCUUAUACAUGGGAGACCCUCCUACUUUAAAGGACCCUUGGGGAUGUCUUGUUUGGACCAAACUGAGCUGUGGGUGAUGUGUUGUGAAGAACAACAUUGAAGUCAUGCACGCAUUUUGCAUGGUGCUGCAUAGGAAGAGAACCAUGUGGGUUGUUGGUGCUUGCUUAGUAUCAAGAGUGGACCUUGUAAUGGAGGGUGCUCUGGGCUUCCCUGAAUCAGCCUUUACUCUAUCUCAUGGUACUUCUCUCCUCUCCUGGGUUGCUAAACAUAUUUCUAGGGUAAGAUACUGUAUUUCACCGCUCUCUUCCUUGUGUUUGCACUGUUGGUUUCUCAGGUCUGUCAGGAGCAACUUCAGGGCAGAAGCCUGCUAAUAGAGGAGGUGUCAGGCCAUGCGUGCUUCAGCUCCAGGUUCCUCUCCAUCUAAUAACACUAUUUGCCAAGGUUUAGGUUUUUAUCCUGUGAUUUGUUCCUCAAACAUUUAGUUAAAGCUCCAAGUGGAGAAUCAUUUGCACAUUGUAGAUCGUGGAUUUACCUCCUCCUGCACCACUCUCUUAUUUGUUCACAUUUCCAGUAUGAAACUUUUUCUUUUCCAAAGCUCUCAGCAGCUCCAUCCAAGACUGAGUUUUCUCCUUGGCAUCACAGCCUUGGGAAAUCAGUGCUUCCUAAAAGAGCUGUCAGAUCCCCAUUUAGACUUUUAUUUGGUGGCAAAAACACAAACCACUUCAUUUCUGAAACCAGAGCUUUUGCCAAAUUCAGGCUGUCCUGUGUGAAGCAGAGAGCACGGCACGGAUUGUGAGAUGCUGAGACAUAGAGAUCUGUUCUUAGCUCAGCUAGUAAAUUGUUCUGUGACUGGGGCAAAUCUCCUCCUGCUCCAGCUGGUGUUUUCUUCUCUGUAAUGAGGCCAAAAAACCAUAUUUUUCAGCUUUUGUAAAACCACUUUGAGAUUCAUGGAUAAAAAGUGCUGCCUAAGUGCGAAGUAUUUUCUUACUCUGUUUGCAGACAAACUGAUUGAUCAUUCUGGGUACUAAUUGCCUGGGAGUAGCACAGCAGAUCCUCUGGUCUUGGCUGCUGUCUUUUAUAUCUACCACAGAGUUAAUUUUAUUACUGAGAUGUAUUGAACGAAAAGCUUCUCAUGCUUGAAAUUUGGAUUCUUUUAUUGAAGAAACAAGAAGUG